AUGAGGGCAGGACGAACAUGCUGUCAGCGUUACUCAACGCGCUUUGGAAAGGACGAUGCUCUGAAUUUCCCUUUACACGCAAGUGCAGAAGGGACUCCGGAGUUCCGAGCUCUGCCAAGAACGAAGAUCGGUAAUGUCGUUGAAUACGCCAAGAAAUCUAAAAUCGGAUGGGCCGGGCACGUCAUGCGAUAUAGUGAUGACCGUUGGAGUACGAACUGGAUCCCUCGGGACGUCGAACGAACACCUGGACAGCCUUCAGAGCGAUAUUCACACUUCUUCACGAAAGCUCUGGACUAA